AUGGUGGAUGUGAAAGCAAUUAUGAAUGUUAUUACAACGGUAUUAGCUUUUGUAGAAGGAGUGGUAGAUCAAGUUGCACCUAUAUUUAAUAAGAUUCUGGAUAGAAAACCAUCUCCACCACCUCAACCUACGAUCAAUCCAAAUUGUCAACCACCUUAUUGUGGUAUUUCACCUUAUUAUUGUCCUAAUGAACAAUUGUCACCAAUUUGUCUUCAAAGAAAAAUGGUCGUUGACAAUAGUUUUUCGCGUCGUCUUACGACUUUGUCACAUGAUACUGACGAUGAUAAUGAAAGUACAGAAAAAUCUUCAACAUCAAUGUCUCCAAGCAGUACGAUUAUGUUAGUAUUCGUUAGUGUGAUUGCAUUAGCUAUAAUUGGUUUUUUAUGGAUACGAUGCAGACAUCAAAAUAAUGAAACAUGGAAUUAUGAUGAUCGUAAAAGCAGUACAUGGACUGUAUAA